GAAGCAACGAACAAAGUGGUCCUGAAGGUGCCCACAGCCGACAGCCAGCCCAGCGCCUAAGACCUCCAGGCUGGGAUGCAGCUUGGGGACUAGGAAGCACUUCCAUCCCUCUCCUCUUCUCAGCCCUGGCAGGGUGGUUUCUCAACCCCCUCAAGACAUUCAUGGAUGAUUGAGAGGAGUUGACACUAACCUCCCACACUGUGACCACCUUCUCUUCAGCCAUGGAGGAAGCCUUGCUGCCUCUGACUGUGACAUCUGACCCCAGACCUUUUAAUCAACAACUCUCAGAGCUACCAGACCCAAGAUGUGUCUUGGAACCCCAGGACAACCCUCCUGAACUGGCGCCUGCCCUGUUCCUGAAUACCCAUUCUUCCUCCCUGAGCUUAUCCCUUUCUACACCUUGCCGUGAAGUCCUCUUGGUGUGCAGCUACUAUCUUCUGCUCCUCUGGUUAGCCAUUUCUCUCCUAAUUUGUCAGUCAUCCCUGUUGAAAGCCCCUUCUGCCUCUCAGUGCCUCUUACCUCUCUCCUCAGGUUAUCGCUGCUUCAAGGCAGUGAUGUUUCUCUCUGGCCUGCUGUCAGGAGCUCUGGUGAUCUUCCUGCUGUGCCAUAAGGAGCAGGUUCUGGAGACACAGCUGAGCCUAGAGGUGAGCGCGGGCAUCGCGCUAGGCAUUGGCCUCCUUUUUGGCCUUGUCACCAUGCUGGUUCGCAGUGUUGGGCUCUUCUUGACUGGUCUCCUGCUAGGUCUGACUCUGGGUGCUGGGGCCCUGCUGGGCACUGAGCCCAUCUACCAACCACCUUCAGCCUGGGUGCCAGCCGGGGGGCUGGUGGGGCUAGCACUACUAGGAGCCCUGCUCACUCUUCGGUGGCCACGUCCAUUCACAGUUCUGGGCACAGCCCUGCUAGGUGCUGCAGUGCUGGUGGCCUGUGCUGACUACUUCCUGGAGGGGCUGGCACUGGGCAUUCGGCUGGGUGAACGCCUGCAGGCUCUUUCAGCCUUGCCUCCUCUCUGCUGGUAUAGCUGGGUCUUACUGGGGACCUGGCCAGCCCUGGGGGCUCUUGGGACCCUGGCCCAGUGGAAACUCAUGACUGAGGAACGUGGAUGCCACACCAAUGUGGUCUCAAGCCAUCAGCAAAGGCAUCUCCAACUCCUUCGGCUCCAUCAGCAAGAGGCCAAGUGGCACCGGACCCCCUCUGGGGUGGGACUGUGUGAAGGCAGCUAUCUGCACCAGCUCCCCACCAAUGUGCAAAGCCCUGCUGACAGUCUGGCACCUAGUUAUCUCCAGAGUCUUCAAGAGCGCCAUCUGGGACCAAGCACCCAGGCCACAGCCCACCCCCACCAUCCUGGACCUGGAUUCUGACUGAAGUUCCUCUGUCCCCCUCACCACACCCUGUAGCUCCACCCCAACCUGAGCCUAAACAUCACUCAUGCCCCCACUCCUAGUCAGGGUCUGGGAAUGCUAAAUGGACAGGGCCUGAACCCACAAGAUCCACACACAAACUUCCCCACCUCUUGGUCUUAGGGAUGAGAUCUGUGCUCCAGACCAACACGGUAGUAAUGUUUCAGAGAUAGGCAGAGAAGACUCUUGUUGGGUGAGGGGGAGGGCAGAAGUAUGAAAACCUACUUCUGUCCAGUGCCCUGAUUGCUAAGAAACUAACUCCCUAAUUUCCUCCAAACCAAGGAGGACCCUUACCCAAAUAGUUUUUUUUUUUUUAACAGUGCUGGAGAUCAAACCCACAACCUUAUGCAUACUAGGCAAGUACUGUACCACAGAGCUGCACUCUCAACCCUCAAAUAGCCUU